AUGGGCGGUAUUAUGUCUUGCAUUCGAUCUUGCCUCCAGACCAUUGGAGAUGCAAUCAUGGCUGUUAUCGGCGGUAUCGGCCGCAUCCUCCAGGCCAUCAUCGGCGCCGUUGUCCGCUUCUGCGGUAUCAUUGUCAGCUUCCUCACCUGCGGCUACUGCGGUAGCAAGGGUGGACGCACCAAGCGACGAACGGGCAACCACAUGAGAUCGACGAGAGUAUAG